GGGACUAAGGAGGCGGGGCCCCAGGGAUUGGUGGGUGCACAGGCGAGGAGGGGCGGCCCCUUUGUCCCAGAGCGCUGCGGACGGCCGCCCCUCGGGGUGUGAGACUGCGGUGUGGACGGUGAGUGGGGGCCGAUUGGCGCGGGCGAGCCGGGACCUCUCCCCUCACCGAUGCGGGAGCCGGCGCGUCCCCGCACGGAUCCGGUGCUUCCCCACGAACACGCACUGCCCCCUCCCUUCGCGCCAGUUCCCUCCCUUCCCCGGACCCCAGCGAGCCCCACCCCCACCUUGGCCCCGCCCCGGCCCCCACUCCCCUCCACUGCGCGCUGAGGCCCUUCCCCGGGCCCUGCCCCGCGGGCGGCGGGCCUUGCCGGGGUCCGGCGGGGAGGUUGGUAGGCCUCGGGGGCGCCGGGCUCCACGGAAACCGCCUGAGGGGCCCGUGGACGAAGGUGCUUCUCGCCGCAUCGCACACCCUCCCUGCGUUUUGCUACGGACGCCGUCUUUUUCCUGUUACUUUGUAAGAGCCUGUUUUCAAUCAAUGAGACCAGCGUUUUCUAACAUAGUUUGCAGAUACUCCCCUUUUUCAUCACUUGCUUAAUAUUGUAGUAGACAACAAUAGGCAAUAAUUUUCGAAAAAUAAAAACGUCGUAAAUAUAAAAAGUGGGAGUCCUUCCGCGAGUAGCUGCCAUGCGCGCGGAGGAGGCCCCGGCUGAUUUGCUUUGUGUCCUUUCGGGAUCGACCUGCGCUUUUUUGUUUUUCAUCUAAAAGGAGGCUCCGACGCGCGGCGCUUGGGUUUUCUCUGCUGCCGGCCGCCCUCUCGGCCCGAUCGGCUGUGAGCCCCGGGCCCCGGCGGGGCGACGGGGAGGGGACGAGAUCGAGGCCCGGGCCUCCUCCCCGACGUGCGCCUUCUCGCCAGGUUGUUAGCGUAAGGAGUCUAGCAGCUUACAUGUAUAGUUGUGGUCACUCGGCCGGCUCAGAGCUGCCUCUUCUGAAGCCCCACAGGCUUCUUUGAGUUCCGUCUUCCUCAGAGACUCCAGGGGACGGGCAAUGGCGGCAGCCGGUCUCCUGCCACCAGCAGCAGGACCCCAGCCCCUGUCAUUUCAGGUGAAGGUAACCUUUGAAGAUGUGGCCGUGCUCCUCUCCCAAGAGGAGUGGGACCAGCUGGGCCCUGCUCAGAGGGGCCUUUACCGACACGUGAUGAUGGAGACCUAUGGGAACGUGGUUUCGCUGGGACUUCCAGGAACCAAGCCCAAUGUGAUCUCUCAGCUGGAGCGAGGAGAGGAGCCCUGGGUCCUGGACGGGCAUGGGGCCAAGGAGAGCUGGGGCCUAGGCAACGACAGUUCGGAAUGUGAGAACAAGGGAAGAAACCAAAUUAGUCUGAAGCCAUUCAUUUCAGAGGAAUUAUCCGUGAUUCUGGAGAAAACACCCCCCGGGUGGAUUGAUCAAGGAAGUUGCAAACCUGAACAGAGCUUCUGUCUGAGCCCAAGUCCUGUGGGCCCCCCUGAAGUUCAGGUCUCCAGCCCAAGCGAGCCACUCGAUCAGCAGCCGGCCGCUUCUGGCAGGGAGAGACCUUACAAGUGCAUCGAGUGUGGGAAAUGCUUCGGCCGGAGCUCCCACCUCCUCCAGCAUCAGAGGACCCACACCGGGGAGAAGCCCUACGUGUGUGGGGUAUGUGGGAAGGCCUUCAGCCAGAGUUCGGUCCUCAGCAAACACAGGAGGAUCCACACGGGCGAAAAGCCCUACGAGUGUAAUGAGUGCGGAAAGGCGUUCCGGGUGAGCUCAGACCUCGCACAGCAUCACAAGAUCCACACAGGAGAGAAGCCCCACGAGUGUCUCGAGUGCCGCAAGGCGUUCACUCAGCUCUCACACCUCAUUCAGCACCAGCGGAUCCACACGGGGGAGCGGCCCUACGUGUGCCCACUGUGCGGGAAGGCCUUCAACCACAGCACUGUGCUGCGCAGCCACCAGCGGGUGCACACCGGGGAGAAGCCCCACGAGUGUGCGGAGUGCGGCCGGGCCUUCAGUGUUAAGAGGACGCUGCUGCAGCACCAGCGGGUGCACACCGGGGAGAAGCCUUACUCCUGCAGUGAGUGUGGGCGCACCUUCAGUGACCGCUCCGUCCUCAUCCAGCACCACAAUGUGCACACAGGCGAGAAGCCCUACGAGUGCGCGGAGUGCGGCAAGGCCUUCAGCCACCGCUCCACUCUGAUGAACCACGAACGGAUCCACACAGAGGAGAAGCCCUAUGGCUGCUACGCCUGCGGCAAGGCCUUCGUGCAGCACUCCCACCUGAUCCAGCACCAGCGGGUGCACACCGGGGAGAAGCCCUACGUUUGUAGCGAGUGCGGGCACGCCUUCAGCGCCCGGAGGUCUCUGGUCCAGCACGAGCGGAUCCACACAGGUGAGCGGCCCUUCUGCUGCACACAGUGCGACAAGGCGUUCAGCCUGAAAGCCACACUGAUCGUGCACCUGAGGACGCACACGGGCGAGAGGCCCUACGAGUGCAGCCGCUGUGGGAAGGCCUUCAGCCAGUACUCAGUGCUCAUCCAGCACCAGAGGAUCCACACGGGGGAGCGGCCCUAUGAGUGCGCUGAGUGUGGUCGUGCCUUCAACCAGCACGGGCACCUGAUCCAGCACCAGAAGGUGCACCAGAAGCUGUGACCUCGGCAACCACGAGUCUCUCUCACACUUGGGCACACACUCGGGAAGCCCCCAGCUUAGGAGAAGCUCUGUCAGCUGCAUAGGAAGCCCUUUGGUAUUGAGGGUCACAGAGUAACUCCAGGGAGAAGCACUGUGCUCAUCACUCCUUGGGGAUAACUUCAGAGGUGCCGAUUUUAUUUUUUUCAACGUCUUGAAGUCAUAUUGGAGAGUAAUCACAGUUAUAGUGGAUUUCGGUAAAGACAGUCAUAAUUCUCUAACAUCACACAGUUUGUUUAAAUUGAGAAACUAAGCCCUAGCUGGUUUGGCUCAGUGGAUAGAGCAUCAGCCUGCGGACUGAAGGAUCCCAGGUUUGAUUCCGGUCAAGGGCACAUGUCUGGGUUGCGGGCUUGAU